CAUUAACUUAACCUGAAGAUGUCAGUGAUUCACUCUCUUCUCACUCUAUUCAUUGUUUUUUUACUGUGUUUCGAACAAAUGUCAGCGGCAUGCAAAACAGUGACGGUCGAUCAAUUUGGCCAUGGAGAUUUUUCCACUAUUCAAUCAGCUAUAAACUCGGUUCCAUCAAAUAAUGUACAGUGGUAUUGCAUCAAUGUUAAUCCUGGUACAUAUAGGGAGAAGGUGAAUAUCCCAAGAGACAAGCCAUUCAUACUUCUCAAGGGUUCCGGACAAAGGAAAACCAUGGUGGUCUGGAAUGAAGCAUACCUACAUAACGCAACUUUCAGUUCUUUUGCUGAUAAUAUUGCUGUCACGUCCAUGAGCUUCAUAAAUUCAUACUGGGAUCCGAAGAGCGAACACACUAAGGCUCCGGCGGUAGCCGCACUGGUUAACGGCGACAAAAGCUUCUUCUUCCGAUGCGGAUUCUCAAGUGUUCAAGAUACUUUGUUCGAUUCUAUCGGUCGCCAUUACUUCAAGGAAUGCUACAUCGAAGGUGCUGUCGAUUUCAUUUUUGGUAAUGGUCAAUCUAUUUAUGAGGGAUGUUCUAUACGGUAUCUCGGGGAGAUGUUGCCGCCGGGGCUCGCCGGUUUCAUUACAGCACAAGCGAGGAACGGCCCGAAUGAGCCGACCGGAUUCGUUUUCAAGCACUGCAUUAUCUAUGGGAAAGGGACGACGUAUUUAGGCAGGGCAUUGCGAGAUUUCUCAAGGGUUUUGUUUUAUGAUUGCAAUUUUUCAGACGUUGUCGAUUCACUAGGUUGGAAUGCUUGGAGACGUGUUGGCAAAGAGCAACAGUUUACCUUUGCCGAGUACAAAAACUUUGGACCAGGAGCAGAUACAUCACAGAGGGUGAAGUGGAUGAAGAAUCUUGAUCCUCAAACGUGGCGCCUCGCUGCCCUUCAUCGGAGCUGCCGAUAA